AUGGUUGGCCCAGGAAGAAUUGUGGAUAAAAAUCUCCUUUUUCCCAGCCCAAUUCUUUAUCAAAAACUCACCGCCCAGUUCCAAAGACUGUCUGGACACUGCAGUUCUUUGAACAUUAAUUUAAUGCAACUGACCAGUCGGUUCUAUACGAGUGGGGAGUUGUGGCCAAAUGACAACUACGUAGCACAACAACAGAAUCCAGGGACUCCGCUGAGCACCAAUGUGACCCCAAUAACUCUAAUCCCUGGCGACGGUGUGGGCCACGAGUUGAUGAGCAGUGUGAAGGAACUGGUAAAGUCAUUAGGAAUCCCCAUCAAAUUCGAAGAACUACUCCUCAGGUAUAUCCCUCGGUCAUCCCCCAGCGAAGUGACCCCACAUUUAAGUGCCUCUGUGGAUACCGUAGUGGACUCAAUAACCAGAAACAAAGUAGCCAUCAAAGGCAUCACCACCAGCAGUUCUCGUUUCAAGACUGACGAACUGGUGACCAUAAAUGUACAGCUCGGUAGUCCGCCUCCCUAUUCCAGACGAGGACUGGAUCUGUACGCCAAUGUGGUGAGGGCCAAGUCAAUGCCAGGCCUGCGUAACUCCCGUUAUAAGGACGUGGACAUUAUUGUGGUGAGGGAACAGACUGAGGGGGAGUAUUCCUGUUUGGAACACCAGGUAGUCCCCAAUCCCAUAUUUUAGGCAGUAAAAAACGUGGUCGAGUCAUUGAAGGUCAUAACUGAGCGACAGUCAUUAAAGAUAGCCCGAUUUGCCUUUAAAUAUGCCCAGCAGAACGGCCGAAGCAAAGUGACGGCAGUCCAUAAGGCCAACAUAAUGAAGUUGAGUGACGGGCUAUUUCUUAAAUGUUGUGAGAGGGUGUCCGAGGAGUACCCUUCCAUUCGAUUCGACAGUAUGAUUGUCGACAACUGCUGUAUGCAGAUUGUCUCCAAGCCACAGCAAUUUGAUGUGUUGGUGAUGCCCAAUUUGUAUGGGGCAGUCAUCGACAAUUUGGUGGCCGGACUGGUGGGAGGGGCGGGGUUUGUCCCUGGGGAGAGUCACAGUGACACAGUUGCAGUCUAUGAGCCGGUUAAUAAGGGGGAGUGUAUUUCCAGGGGGCCAGACACUCCUUUGCGACUGGAGUUGGGAGGAAUAUUGCCAAUCCGACUGCUUUGUUUUUGUGUACUGCCAGUAUGCUGA